AUGGUCAAGGUCGCAGUGGCAGGCGGCACCACCGGUAUCGGCAGGGCCAUCGUCAAGGCACUCGAGAAAGAUGGUUCCCAUCAAUGUAUUGUCCUCAGCCGGAACGUCUCAAAUGAUCCCAAGGUUCUCGCCGUGGACUACUCGGACCCCAAAGGUCUACAAAGUGCCCUCGAAGAACAUGAGGUUCAUACGGUCAUCUCGGCGGUCUCGUUGCAGACUGAAGCUAGCGGACAGGCUCAACUGAAUCUCAUUGAGGCAGCUGAUCGGUCAAAAGCCACCAAGAGAUUCAUGCCAAGUGAAUUUGGUGCGAAAUACGAUUCAAGUCAUCUUGCAGCAUUACCUCUCUAUGCUUUCAAAUUUAAAGCGAUUGAACUUCUUGAGGCAUCAAGUCUAGAGUACACACUCUUUUCCAACGGAUUAUUUAUGGACUAUUGGUUCUCGCCCCGCAUACCAUCCGCCUUCGCUUUCAAUGCGCCUUCUUGGGUUGAUCUGGACAAUAACUUUGCCGCAAUCCCCGGUAAUGGAGACACCCCGUUAGUCUUGACACAUUCGAAGGACAUCAGCCGUUUCGUUGUCAAGGUUCUUGGUCUCAGUAGAUGGGAAAAAAGAUAUUGUGUGAUUGGAGACAGGCUGACCUUGAAUGACUUUCUGCGUAUUGCUGAGGAGAUCAAAGGAGUCACCUUUGAGAGACACGAUGACACAAUGGCGACUCUUCUUAAGGGGGAAUGCACGAUUCUUCCUACCGUAGCCGCCAGUCUGCCUCCUCAAAUGGACUUGGGGGCUUUCAUGAAGAUCCUCGCUGCCUGUGGAAGCUGGGCUGCUAAUGGAGAUCUGGAUUUACCCACAGAGGACACUUUGAACGCAAUGUUUCCCGAUUUUCAAACACUCACAGUUCGGGAGGCUAUCGGAAUUUACUUUGGGCAAGUCAAUUCCAGCUAA